AUGGCGUUUCCAGGCACCAAAGGCACGGCGAUCCCGAUGACCUCCCUGGGAGGUAACUCGGGCACCGAGGGAAUGAAUGAUCAAGAACAGGCUAUGAUCAAGAUGAUGCAACGUGGUAUGGAGUCCUGCCCGAUCAAAACAGUCAUCUCGGGUACCAUGGGUUUCGGUCUUGGUGGUGCUUUCGGUCUCUUCAUGGCCAGUAUGUCCUACGACUCGACCUUCACACCCCAGGGCCGCGCUAUCGCCGACCUCCCCUGGCGCGAACAAGUCCGCCGCGGUUUCAAGGACAUGGGCGCCCGCUCCUGGUCCUCGGCUAAGAACUUCGGUAUCGUCGGUGCGCUCUACUCCGGCACUGAGUGCUGCAUCGAAGGCCUCCGCGCAAAGAACGAUCUUACCAACAGUGUUGCCGCUGGUUGUGUCACCGGUGGUAUUCUCGGCGCAAAGGCUGGUCCCCAGGCUGCGGCCUUCGGCUGCGCUGGCUUUGCGGCGUUCAGUGCGGCUAUUGAUGCCUACAUGAGAAUGCCCGGUGAUGAGUAA